UUCUGAAAUGUAAUAUUCAGAAAAUUACAACUUUAUUCAUUGUUUUGUUUGUUUCUUAUAAUAUUAUAGCGUUUAAAAAAUAAUGUCUUUUUUUCUUUAAUAGUUCAACAUUAUGCUACUAAAAUGACGUUACUGUUCUCAUAAUAUUAUGUUAUUCUCAAUUACUGCUGAUUUUUCCAUUUUUUUUAGUUUUAGUUUUUUUAGUUUUAUGAUGAACUUAUAUUUUUGGUCUUCGGACACCCCUAUUGUUGGUCUUCGGGCACCCCUGUGUUAUACUAACACCUAUCACUAGUAACAUCGAGUAACAUUCACCUUGUGCAUAUUUGUGGCAGUUUUUAAUAAACAUAAGGUCUAUUUGAAAAUUUAGUUUUAACAAUACUGUACAAAUAUAGUGGUCUGUAUCAUAAUAUUUAUAAAGUAGCAAAUUACUUUGAUUAGACUAUUGUCUCAACAGAUCAGAAGGUCAUCAGAAGGUUAUUCAUGUAUUGGACCUUAAAUGUCAAACAUGCCGUACUGGACUCACAAGGGCUAAUUUCUGUAUGUCAUGUAUCAUGAGUGUGCUGUAAACAGCCAAUAUUAUGUAAAAGCCCCUCAAAAAGCAUAUGAAUGCCCACCUAGACACAGAGUAAAACAUGUGUAACGUAUUGUAUACAUGUUCUAUAAACAAUUACCCGCUGGACUAAGUGCAUAUAAAGUGAAGGUAUGCAGUCAUAUUUAUUAGGCCUUUCUUCUUUAUUGUUUUAAAUACUUCUAAAAUGUAAUAAUACUAAUUCAAGGAAAAAAAUCAACAAUAUGUCUGAGACGGGUUUUAUACUUAAGUAAAAUGUUAACAUUUUUAGGCCAUAUUAACAGUUUUUUUAAACAUUGAAAGUAGAGACCGACAAUAAAUAAUUGCAGUACGCAUUCUCUCUCCCCAAAACACACGCUCACACAUAAAUCAUACUCCCCCGUCACAGCUUAUUCUCAUUAGCAGAGUUAAUGUUGUCAUAGGAGCCAUCAGCCAGCUGGGCUGCAGAAGCCAUUUGGCGGGUGGAUUCAGUUACACCGUGGCCUCACAAACACCUCAUUCUCAGCGAACGUCCACCCCGGCAUCUGUUUUGAGGUCCAGCAUGUUUCACAAGCACGUUGCACAAGGAGGGAAGUGGCCAUGAGUGGGAGGAGUGUGACGUUUGGUUUGGUUUAGGUUAACAAAAGAGCAAAAUUCAAGCCACACGUUCGUAAGCAGGAUGUUCUUGUGUAUUCUAGAGCAGUGUUUUCCAACCUUUAUCACUUUUUCACACAGGUUUAGGACUUUUUUUUUCUCCCUUAAAACUAAGUUUCAUUUUCUGUUCAGUUGUGUUAUCACUGAGUAAUAUUUAAAUUUGUUUGAUGAUCUGAAACAUUUAAGUGUGACAUGCAAAGAAUAAGAAAUCAGGAAAGGGGCAAACACAUUUUCACAUAUUUAUGUACCUUCUGACAUUAGUUUGCAAUGUUUUUCCUGCCUGAAAAUAUCACAACAAUGAAUACUUGAACUCGACAGCACGGUGGAGCAGUGGUUAGCACCUCUACCUUCCAUGGGUUUUUCUUUGAAUACUCCAGCUUCCUCCAUCACACGCAGUAACAGAACAUGCAUGUUAGGCUAAUUAGAAUCUCUAAAUUGUCCAUUUGUUUGUCUGUAUGUGUCCUGUGAUAGACUGAGGACAAGGACAAAAUGAAUGGAUGGAUGUUUGAACUUCCUCUGCAUUUGAUUACAGAAUUGCAAGUUAAUAUUAACAACAUAUAUUGAAAAAGAAAGAAAAACUAUCACAUCUGAUGACUAAACCAAGUGGGUUUCAGAAGAGAGUUGGAUUUUGGCAAUGGGGCUUGUAGCAUGAAGCAAGAUGAGAAUAUCAAGCGUCGAUGUGGGUGAUUGGGCUUGACUUAUCCAAACAAUCUACAGUCCCAACUAUUGAUUAGUCAGCCCGUCCAUGUCUGGCCAAUCCAGUCUAGUGAAUAUGCUGUAGAAAAAUCAAAGGUUAAUGAAAUGAAAGAAUUCUAGACAUAUAAUUUAGUAGCCAGGAAGGUUUGUAAAACUUUGAAGCCUUUGCUUUUAAAGGAAAACGGAACUUUUGGGGGGAAUUUUGCCCAUCAUCAGUAAUCUUUAUGUGAGACAUGAAAAACACCUUGAACGAGGCAGCUAACAAUGCACGUAAUGGGACUCACCUAUUUCGACUAUUAGCCCUCUAAAAAGACCCUCCAAAACAUGCCAACAAUGUUCCAUUUACUAAUGUAACCUGCGUAUGAACCAAGCUACAGCAACAUUGUGAUUUUAGGAGCUAACACCGAAGAACUUCUUUUCUGGCGUAGUGACACAGCUCCACUCGCACAUUAGGCCACUACCGAGAGGUAAGGUUAGCCGCCGAAUCUGUUGCUGCUGCGUCGCCGGUGAGUUUGGAAAAGUUAAUACUAGGUGAUGAAUCAUGCCUCGCACAUUUAUAGUUGAAGAUUGUGACAAUGAGUUGGUACAUUUUGAGAUUCCACACACUACCAACUAAACAUCAGGACAUACUGAAGCAGUGGAUAAUGGCUCUCAACUUAGACCCGACGACAUCGAGGGAGACUCAGCCGGAUGCUCAUUUGCUCUCCGCAUUUUUUACUUGAGGGCUAUCCUGAAUUAACAGCUCUACGAGGAGCACAAGUCUUGUGCUGAAAGAUACAACCAUCCCAUCAGUCGGCAUUUUUUGAUGUGGAGAAUGGCCUAUCAGUGGGUCGCAGUCCUCUGGACACUCAGACCAGCCCGGGUUCGGGCCUGGUCCUCCAGUCCAACGUCCCGCACAGUCAGCGUCGUGAGUCCUUCCUCUACCGCUCCGACUCUGAUUAUGACCUGUCUCCCAAAACCAUGUCACGCAACUCAUCCACGGCCAGCGACUUGCAUGGAGAAGACAUGAUAGUUACUCCAUUUGCACAGAUUCUCGCCAGUCUACGAACAGUGAGAAGUAAUUUCGCUGUUCUCACACACUUGCAAGACCGUGUGGGGAACAAGUGGCCAUCCAGCAGCAACCAGCCACCUCUGUGUAAGCCAUGUCAUGCAGAGGAGCCUUAUCAAAAACUAGCAAUGGAGACUCUGGAAGAGCUGGACUGGUGUCUGGACCAGUUGGAGACGCUUCAGACGAGGCACUCGGUCAGCGAGAUGGCUUCUAAUAAGUUUAAGAGGAUGCUAAACCGAGAACUGACUCAACUAUCAGAGACCAGUCGCUCAGGGAAUCAGGUGUCAGAGUUCAUCGCCAAUACCUUCCUCGAGAAACAACAUGAUGUGGAGAUCUUGUCUCCACCUCCAAAGGAGAAGGAGAAGAAGAAGAGGCCCAUGUCACAGAUCAGUGGCGUGAAAAAGACCACGCAGAGCCCCAGCCUCGCAUCUACCUCCAUCCCUCGUUUUGGAGUCAACACCCCACAGGAGAACCUGCUGGCUGGCGAGAUUGAGGACCUUAACCGUUGGGGUCUGGAUAUAUUCAAGAUAGCAGAACUCUCUGGAAAUCGCCCUCUGACGGUCAUAAUGUUCUCCAUCUUCCAGGAGCGAGAGCUUUUAAAAACCUUUAAAAUCCCAAUGAACACCUUCAUCACCUUCAUGAUGACGUUAGAGGACCAUUACCGUGCUGAUGUAGCUUAUCACAACAACAUCCAUGCUGCUGAUGUGGUGCAGUCCACACACGUGCUCCUGUCCACCCCGGCUCUAGAGGCUGUCUUUACAGAUUUAGAGAUCAUGGCUGUUUUGUUUGCCAGUGCCAUCCACGAUGUUGACCACCCAGGCGUCACUAACCAGUUCCUAAUAAACACAAGUUCUGAGCUGGCGUUAAUGUACAACGAUGCCUCAGUGCUAGAGAACCAUCACCUCGCCGUGGGCUUCAAACUACUCCAAGGGGACAACUGUGACAUCUUCCAGAACCUCAGCAAGAAACAGCGAGAUUCCCUCCGCAAGAUGGUGAUCGACAUGGUGCUAGCCACAGAUAUGUCUAAACAUAUGAACUUCUUGGCGGACAUGAAGACCAUGGUGGAGACCAAGAAAGUGACCAGCUUGGGUGUUCUGCUUCUUGACAACUACUCGGACCGAAUCCAGGUUCUUCAGAACAUGGUUCAUUGUGCCGACCUGAGCAACCCGACCAAGCCUCUGGAGCUCUACCGACAGUGGACGGACCGCAUCAUGGUGGAGUUCUUCACACAGGGAGACAGAGAGCGUGACAAGGGAAUGGAGAUCAGUCCCAUGUGCGACAAACACAAUGCCUCCAUUGAGAAGAGCCAGGUGGGUUUCAUCGACUACAUCGUACACCCUCUGUGGGAGACGUGGGCAGACCUGGUGCACCCCGACGCUCAGGACAUCCUGGACACCCUGGAGGACAACAGAGAGUGGUACCAGAGCAUGAUCCCUCGUAGCCCCUCACCCUCCAGCCCCGAGGAGCCCCACGCCGAAGUGAGACCGGGAGGAACCGUGGGGGGGCCUAACCCUGCAGCAGCGCUAGGCGGGGACAAGUUCCAGUUCGAACUCACACUGGAGGAAGAAGAGGAGGACGAGGAAUUGGACUCUGACCUGGAAAGUCCACUGGAGGAUGACCCCCAGUCGGGGGUGGAGCGGCACCAGGACUCGCCCUCUCCCUCGACGUCCCCGGACGCCGGCAGCAGGUACCGCCCCCCUUCACCUCAUCCGUUAUGGGCCUUGAUGGGACUUGAGUCUGACGUUGCAGAGCGCCCGCCCUCAUAGGCCAGGCCAGGAGGAAAGCACCCCCUGCUUGCAUAAGGGCACAUAACAACCAGCACAACCUGCCCUGCCGAGAAGAUACAGCAGCACCAAGAGGAAGGCAGGGCGGGCCCUUACCUACCAAUAAAGUCUGUAAAAUCACCACAGUCCCUUUACACUGGAGACAGCCUCUCUGUAGACGGAGGGAUGAUCACCCUCUUUUUGAUUUCAUAUUCAUUUUAGCCUCUCUUCGGGUGCCUAGUAGGUUCAUUUGCCACCAUGCUUUGGGAGCUUCACUUGGGAGUGUCCACCGCAAUCCAACCGCAAAGGAAGAAGAGUUACGCCGAGGCGACGCCCUUCCAGAACAAAAGGUAAAAGAAACGUCUUCCUCCUAAAUAACUGUAACAUCUGGACACGAGCGAAUGAGAGUUGCAGUGGUGUAACAGGGUCCUGGAAAUGACAUUUUUGCACCAUUUAGAAUAUGAGAGUCCGAUGUUUUUUUUUUUAAUGUUUAAAAAUGUUGAGAACGACGUGAGAGUUGAAGUGUUUGUUGAGGAGCAGCGAGAGAAUCAAUGGACCUAGACCUCAGGGUAUGAAAAGUCAAAUCGAAUGUAGCGUGGAUGUUGUGCAUGCACCCGGAAAUUGUCCUUCCCUGUUUGACUUACCUCCAGAGGCAGAGUCUCUGCGUUGAAGUGAAACCCUUUAAAUUCGGCACCGAAAGCAAUCAUCGAACCAGCUUGUAGCAGCACACAGAUUGAGCACUAAAGAAGACACUACCUGUAUCGAAGCUUUAUUGUUUGUUUGUUUUUUAUACCUGAGAUUUAUUUAAAUGGUGUCCUUGUUUGAAACGUAUGUCUUUUAUCACGUCUUCAUUGUACAUUUGCUGGUCCCGUCCGUGUUUAUGUGCUUGAAAAGCAUUUUUGCUUGAUUUAUCAGGGUGCCUCCAGUCCGCAGUAGCACUUUACCAUUUCUGUCGCUCAGCUCUUGUUGAUGUGUUCCAAAGGGCUUCACCCACCGUAGGCCUCCACACCAUGAAUACAGCACCAGGUACCUGAAGGCGGGCAGGAACCAAGAACCCAUUUCUUGUUUUGAAUUUUACAAAGUAGUAAAAAAAUAUGUUUUUAGAUGACUUUAAAAUGUCUCCGGUAUGAAAUCAUGUUACAAAUUGGUUUAUUGUUAUGCCCAUCCGAGUGUUUUGCACAAAAUGUUAUGGAGCUGCGUGGCAAGGUUGGUUCAGCCUUGGAGGAGGUAUGCUCUCGAGCACUCGUAAAGCCAACAAGAUGAAAGUUCCUUGGACCGAAAUACUUCAUAAAGUUUACCAGACAUUGGUUAAGUAGCUCAGCAUGGAAAGAAACAGAAGCUGCAUUAUUCUUUGUAAUUAUAGGAAUAAUAAUAAUAAUAAUAAUAAUAAUAAUGAAAAGAUGACGCAUUCAAGGACAUUUAGUCCAGUUCUUAAUGUUUUUGCUCGUCUUUGUCCUUCAACCCUAUCAUUUCAAACGGUGCAGCAUUUUUUUAUUAUAUUUUGACAUAUUUAUUUCUACUUUUAAGGCUCCCGCGACCCUAACGAGGAUAAGCGGCAUUGAAAAUGAAUGGAUGGAUGGAUUUCUACAUUUAAAUACUUUUAUUAAAAAAUACAUCAAAAUUGUGCAAAAAAAUGACCCUUAUUUUUUUUUUAUUUAAAACAUUUUUUUACAAAAAAACAUUUUAACGGCUCAGUGCAACAAUGUAGAAGCAAUGUGAAUCCCAAACAUGAAAACUGAAGUGAAAAACAAAAUUCUGAUUUUUUUUUUAGUUAUGUUUUUUAUACGCUAAAUAAAAAUUAUAGAAUAAAUUAAUGAAUUACAUGCAUUAUUAUAUAUCAUCAACACUUUAAUCAUUAUGGGGGUGUCCACAGUGGAGGCCAGAGGACAUUUUUAUUGGUCUUGGCAUACUCUUAACAAAGGAAAUUUAUAAUAAAUUGUGAUGACAUAUUACAGUAAUAAUUAUUUGCUAAAUUAUUUUCUGCCAUGGUCAUGAGGAGUGAAAUGUUUUUUUAUUUUUUUUAAAUUACAAUGUUCAACUUUUAAAAUAUUUUUAGUAUAUUUUUUUAUCUUGAUUUAUUUAUCUGUACAAACCACUGUACGAGUUGCUGGCUGGCACCAGCAUCGUUCGAGCAGGACUAAAUAUACUAACAGACCUGCCAAUCUUGAAGAAAUGUUAUGAGUGCGAGUAGUCCCCACUGCUUCUUAGGGCCCCCCUGACACCUUACCCCACUAUGUGAUGGAAAAAGCUUGGACACCCCUGCUCUAUAUCCUUCAAAGGGGACUUCGCUGUCACGACUUGAAAGCUUAGUGUUUCCUUCUUGGCUUCUGCAGGAUGAGGUGGGAAAGACCCGCCAUUCAUUAACUCUAGUGCCUUUAAAUAAUACAAAAAAGAAUGUACAGUAGUUUAAUCUAGUUUGUGGUUAAAUCACGCAAGCCCAAAUAUUACCUGACACACAAACAAAACAUAUUUAUUACUACAUUUUAAAGUUCCAAGAGUGGGGGCUCGUUUCCUGCCCAGCCCACAGGUACACUUGGUUAAUAAAAAAGAAGAAAAAAAAGGAGCACAGGUGUGAAAGUUGCAGAAAGAAAUGACUGUAAUUCAAACUGAUUGUCUUAUUUGGUAGUAAAGUGCUUGACUGGGAUAACUGUGUGCCAACGGUGUUAUAAACACACACACACACACACAACACACCUGCCAGCCUACAACGCUACAUUUCUACACUAGAGAUUCUAAAUGGAUGAUUGUAUCAAAGACAGUGACUUUGUAGUGAUAAUUUUUACCAAGCAUCAAUGUCAACUGUAUUGAGAGCGGACAGUUUCUUAGAGUUUGUGCGGCUUACAAGUAGUAGUGCUCUGCCAUUCUAAUCCGAGUGUUUGAGGAGUUCUUGCGUCUGUGUGUAUAUUCUGUGUGUGUCCCGUCUAGAGCAGUAUUUGUGGCCAACACACAGAUAGAAAGACCAGGAAGCAAGCCAGCACUACACGUUUUAAUGCACUUCCUGGUCAGGCGGUGGUAGAAAACACUAGUAAGUCGUAUUGAUCAGCCUUACAUUUAGUGGAGUGUUGGCGGUUGAUGUUAAAGGACCAUUGUACUGUUUCGGACAUGCUGAGACGAAAAAUAUAAAUACGGUGUUCUGGAGUGAAAGAAACAUUUGUUUAAUACAGAUUGGGAUUCUACGACGGAGUGUUAGGGCCAUAUUGGAAAAAAAAAUCAGAGAAAAAAUCCGCACGUCAUCAAUUUACGACAAUAAAGUCAUAAAUUUAUGAGUUAAAAAGUCGUAAAAUUAUGACUUCAUAUUCCGAGAAUAAAGUCGUAAUAUUACGACUUUUUUCUCUGAGAAUAGUCGUAAAUUUACGAGAAUAAUGUUGGAAAUUUAUGAGAAUAAAGUUGUAAUAUUAUGAUUUUUUUUUCUCAUAAAUUUACGACUUUAUUCUUGAGAAAAAAAGUCGUAAUAUUACGACUUUAUUCUCGGAAUAUGAAGUCAUAAUAUUACGACUGUUUUACUCAUAAAUUUACGACUUUAUUCUCGUAAAUUGUCGACUUUGUUUGUUCUUUUCUUGUAAAUUUACAAGAAUGAAGUCGUCAAUGUAUGAGAAAGAAAGUCGUAAAUGUGCAGCUAUUCUCGCAAAUUGACGACUUUAUUCUCGUAAAUGUAUGACUUUUUUUUCCUAAAUUUACGACUUUAUUGUCGUAAAUGUCAGACUUUUUUCCUCCUAAAUUUACGACUUCAUUCUCGUAAAUUGACGACUUUAUUCUUGUAAAUGUGUGACUUUAUUCUCGUAAAUGUACGACUUUUUUUAAUCGUAGAUUUACGAGAAUAAAGUCGUCAGUUUAUGAGAAAAAAGUCGUAAACGUGCCACUUUAUUCUCGGGAAUUGACGACUUCAUUCUUGUAAAGGUACGACGUUUUUUCUUGUAAAUCCAUGACGUUAUCCUCGUAAAUAGAUGACCUUUUUUCUUAUAAAUUUAAGACUUUAUCCUAGUAAAUAUACGCCUUUUUGUCUCUGAAAUUUACGAGAAAAAGUCAUCAAUUUACGAGAAAAAAAGUUGUAAAUGUGUGACUUUAGUCUCGUAAAUUUAUGACUUUAUUCUCGAAACCUCUGAGGUUUUUUUCCAAUGUGGCGCUAACACUUACGAGAAUAACGUUGUAAUAUUACGUGUCAUACACGUCAGAGGGAAAAUAGAGCAUAGCUCUUCAGGAAGGAAGGAAACUUUGCUCUUGGCGGCAAAACUGAGCAGUUGAAAUAAAAAUUUAUAUUACGACUCUUUUUCUCGUAAAUUUACGUCUUGUUUUCUCAUACAAUUACGACUUUAUUCUCGUAAAUGUACAACUUUUUUUUCUCGUAAAUUUACGACUUUAUUUUCAAAAUUGCAGAUUUAUUUUCCCUAUGUGGCCCUAAUACUCGGCCGUACGAUUCAGCUUUGCACAUUAGCAGAUUUUCAGAGCUUUAUUUUUUUCAUUUGCAGCAAGGCUCUCCAUAAUUACACUGAAAGUAGUCAGAGAGGUGCUCGUGGUACGUAGUGAGCCAGCUUGAUAUUUACACACUUAACCUUAUGAACACCCUGACUCAUCACAAACCAACAGGCACUUAUUAAGCCAAAUUCCUACCUCGCUCACGGUGCCACCAGAAUAACACGUUACAAUGUAACUGUACCGCACGGACUAAGCGGGUAUUGAAAUAGAGGCAUAAACACCCAUACUAAUAAUAUUUUAUUCUUAUCUAUAACCCGCAAGGCAUGCUUGGGAGCUCACAGGCACACUUCCACAACAGGAAGUUACCCAACAUACCUUGCAGGUAUAAAUUUAGUAUAAAAUGGCGCUUAGAAUUUUGCGGCGUCACUCUAUCUUGUUUUUUCAAACUGUUUUGUGGUUGAAUAUGGCCUAUUAGUUAAAAAAAAAAAAAUUAAAAAAAAGAGCAUAAUUAAGCAAAAUUUAUGUACAGUGUUCCCUCGCUCCAUCGUGGUUCGCCUUUCGCGGACUCGCUGGUUCAUGGAUUUUUUUUGUGCAAUUUUAGUGCUUUUUAAUUUCUUUACAGCGUAUGAACGCUGCUGUUAUAGUCCGAAUCUGGCCCUUUAAGAAGAAUUGCAUUGUGGGAAGUUGAGUGUCGUAGUUCUACGCUUUAGGCGGUGUCUCUCUUCAGUCUGCACCGCACAUUGUCUUCUACGUCCCGAUUGGCUGUACACCAUUAUCAAUCAAUCUGCUUCGUGCCGCCUACUAACCGGCAAUACUGUAAACAUACAUACUACAAACCGUGUGAGGAAAAUACGACAGGAGCGAUAUCCUCGUUUUAACGAGCAUACAAAAAACGCUACAGUACAGCGGAAUGGCGCCAGGACGACAAGGCAGUCAGAGGAGUGAAAUACACGUGAGUCACUAAAUAAUUUCUAGUGUCCAACCUAGUAGGUUGAUCAUUACAAUUCUACUUUGAGAGUGUUUAAACAAGCGAGAAAUGUGAGAAAACGUUAAUGCCUGUCUGAGAAAAAAAAAGAGUAUAAAGUGUCUGGUGAGGGGUUUUACAACCUUAAAACAUAUAAUUGUACAAAAAAUAUAUAGUUGGCUACUUCGCGGAUUUCACUCAUUGCGGGCUAGUUUGGGAACCCAUCCCCCGCGAUAAACGAGGGAACACUGCAUUUGCAUUUUCAAGCACAAAAAUGUCUAAAUGAACUAAAAUACAAUAAGGCAUUCAGAAGAUGCAUUCAAAAACAUUGCGGUGAGUCGCAGUAUUCUACGCUUGUCACUAGGAGUCAGUAAUGCUACUGUAACGCUCGGUGAGACGCACAAGCACCGGACUCGAUCGUCGUAACAGUAGGCUUUUUUUGCAGGUUUGAAUUAUCUCACAAUAGGCGCGGUAAUCCCUAACACGGGGCGCUGUUGCUGCCGUAACCCACACCAAGAUACAACUCUCAACGUCACUUCCUGUCGGCCCCACACUCAGCUCCCCUAGCAUCGGAACACAUUUACAGCAACACUCGAGCACGAGUCUUAGUCUUAUUAUGACUACUAUAUUGGGUAAUACAAGUGUAAAAGUGACUGUAGGGGUGUUAUUUCAUGUCUAGAGGGCUCUAAUAAUGUUAAAAACAGUAUUUAGAAGGUUGUAAACAGUUUUUUUUAAUGCUCAAACUACCAAAAUAUUUGAUUUUGACUCAUCGCGGUCAGGUCUGGAACCGAUAAACGAGGGAUUAUGGUGUCUCUGUGGUGGCGUUACAUGUGUGUUUCACGUGUUAUUUUUGGUUGCACCGUGAGUGAGGGAGAGAUUAGCACGUCAAAACAGACAUUUUAUGGGAGCCUCAGUUACAGUAUAUCUACUGUACUCAAAAGGUCAACAUGCCAGUCAGCUCCUAACUCAUUUUUAAUUGGCAUAAAAAGUCGUCUGUUGCGUUCGGCGUAUAGCCAAAAGGCUCAUGAUGUGAAACUGAAUGAAUGCGAAGAACGGGCAGACGAGCUGAACUCAGCACAGUGGUUCUUGACAUGAAAACAUCAGUGCCAAAAAGUAUUAUUACAAUAUGCUGUAGGUGUACACGGGUGUUCCUGCACUCGCUCACUUCUUGUGUUGAGCUGUCAUCAUUCAUGUUAAUCAUGUCGUGCAAACGUCUCGAAAGCUAUUUAUUCGUACAUGUCUGUCUGUCGAGGACAAAGUACUGUAAAAAAAAUAAAAUAAAAAAAAAAUUUAAAAAUCAUGUUCUGGAGCCGAAAGAUCAAACAUACUUUCCAAGUAUAGAGAAGAUCUGCCACUCUGAAAGCUUUCGCAUUUUAAAAACCAAAUGAUUUUCGGGAGUUCAGGGUGUUUUAUGUGGGGAAAAUGCCAAUAAAUUAUAUGGAAAUUGAUCUCGCUGUUUGUCCUUUUCAUGAUUCUUACACAGAAUAUUACUUCAAGUUAUACUGACUGGAUUUCCUUUCAUGAGCCACCAUGCACAUCAUCAUCAUCAUCAUAGCUUAUAACUGUGGUAUAGUAUGAUUUUGAUGGAAUACUGUAUGUGUUAGCCACCAUGCACAUCAUCAUCAUAGCUUGUAAGUGGUAAGGUAUGAUUUUAAUGUAAUAUUGUAUGUGUUACAAUCUAUCAGUACAUGUCCACAUUUUCAGCAGAAGCCUCUGUUGAGUCUGACUGGCGCUCCGGUGCAGGCUGGAGGCUUCACCCCCUGAAAAGACGCAAGAGUCACAAUCAUAGCAUAGCUAUAGCCGCCAGCCACUUCAUUACGUACAUCAGGUAGGUCCAAUCCAAGAGUUGUAUCAAAGAUUGACGCUGUGGUAUAUGUUUAUUAUUGGUUGUAGUUAAAGCGCUGGCAUAGGAGCUCAUUGUGUCGAGCGGGUGUACCAAACGCCGUGGCCAGGUGAAUUCAUUUUGAAUGAACACAAAAAAUGAAAUGAGUAAAAAUGACAUGCACGUGCAUCAGUCCUGUGAGAAACACUGACGCAUUUUCAUGAUCAGUCAGCAGAGAAAUGCAAAGAAAGGAAAGAUACUGUUGCAAGCAGAAACAAAUAUAAGUGAAUAAAUGAAGCAGUGUCAAAAAUCACAUCAUUUUCUCACCUUGUACAGCUGGCAAACCAAAUGGAAGAGCGAGGACAUGGCCUUGUCUUCGUGAUCUUCUUUGUAUUCCUGUCAAGAGUUCAGGGAGUUAUCGGCCGGUCUGUGCUUAAUCUCCCCCUGGUGGCAGUAUUGGGAAUUACACUGAGGUGUAAUUUAACUUGGGAAAAUAAUGACUUCAAUGAACACAUACUGUGUUUGCAUGAAAUGCUAUGCAAUUAUCCUAGAAAUGUUUUUUUUUCAUACUACGGUGGCAGGUUAGGGCAAACGUGCAGCAACACCUAACCUAACACUAAGACAGAAAUUAUCCAAAACCAAAAACACCAUAAAACAAACGUAAUGGGAAACUGCUGCACAUUAAAAAUGCUGCAGUUAAAUGACAAUGAAAUGAAAAAAUGUAAAAAAAAAUGCAAAAGAAGAAAGGAUGAAAAUUCAAAAACACACACAAACCCCUAAAAUAACUGCAUAAGAGCAACGCUGCAACCACGGGAGCCAGACCUGGGGGGCGUCAGCUUCCGAUCAUGUUUCUAAAGCUGGGUCUCUCUCCCUGCUAUCC